GUUUUUUCUCUACUGCUGAGUCAUUGACCGCUAAUAAUCUCGUUUUGGCGGUCUAUCGUCAUGUUACUAAUCCAGAAUGUCGACAAUAUUUGCUCCGGCAAGCUUUUGAAGAAGCAGUUCAUACCGAUACUUUUAUUUAUUGUUGUGACAGUUUAGGUUUAGACCCGGAUGAAAUAUAUAACAUGUAUCUGACUAUCCCUUCAAUUGAAGAAAAAGAUAAUUUUGUUAUUGAGUUAACUAAAUCGAUAUUUGACCCUAAAUUUGAAAUUAAAAACGAUCAGGAUAUUCAACUCUUUCUCCAUGAUUUAAUUGGGUAUUAUGUGAUAAUGGAAGGGAUAUUUUUCUAUGCCGGGUUUGCUAUGAUGUUGGCUUUGAAGCGAAGCAACAAGAUGGUCGGAAUUGGUCAGCAAUUUGAGUUCAUUAUGCGGGAUGAAAGUUUACAUUUAGGGUUUGGUUGUGAUUUAAUUAAUACCAUUAAGAGUGAAAAUCCGCAA